AUGCUCACCCGCUUGACUCUUUUUGCGUCCUUUGCUGUUCUGUUAGCGCCCCAAAUCCUUGCUCAUCUUGUGUUUCCACAACGCGAGGUCAUUGCACGCUCUCCAGCUCCUCUGGAUCUCAUCAGCGCAUACACUGCUGAUGUGUCCAAGAGAGAAACCACAUCCUCCGAUAUCCAAGACGAGCACCGAGGCAAAAGGCCUGGGGGGCCCGUCAUUCCUCAUCCUGAGCGAGAUGUUCCUGUCGAAGUUCCUGUCGACAGUCCUGACGGGACCACCAUUCCCUACGGCAAACGACGAGUCCCAGACAAGCACCGAGGCAAAAAGCCUGGGGCUCAUCCUGAGCGAGAUGUUCCCGUCGAAGUUUCUGACGAGCACCGAGGCAAAAAGCAUCCUGGGCGAGAUGUUGCCAUCGAUGUUCCCGUCGACAGUCCUGACGAGACCACCAUUCCCUACGGCAAACGACGAGUCCCAGACGAGCACCGAGGCAAGAAGCCUGGGGCUCAUCCUGAGCGAGAUGUUCCCGUCGAAGUUUCUGACGAGCACCGAGGCAAAAGCAUCCUGAGCGAGAUGUUGCCAUCGAGCACCCAGUCAAAAGGCCUGGGGGGUCCGUCAUUCCUCAUCCUGGACCUAAGCGAGUAG